AUGUGGGAGAAAGAUGGAAUUGCAGAAAGAUCAAAGGGGGAUUUCAAAAAUCUAUCAGUAGAGUGUUUAAAAUUACCACUAUCACUUGGUUCAACUCAUUCAAAACCUCCAUCUAAUCAGGACUCUCGUCGACAAUCUGGAAUUUUUUCAAAACAAUUCUCCACUCCAUUAUCUCCUAUAUCUGGUGAUUUGCGUAACGAAGAAUGUAAAACAUCAACGGAACAACAAUUCGAGGGUGAAUAUCAGGAUCAACUGCAGCAACUAGUUCAGGCAAUAGCAACAGCAAAAGAAAUUGAGCGAGACCUGUUAGCAAAAAUUCCAGAUGUAGUAAAUACGGUUGAGAGCGCCAGUCAGUGGCUUAAAUUUAUGGUGAAUGCAUAUCCGUAG